AUGUUUAAGAAAACUUAAUUUAUUUUAAAAUUUCUUGCCAGACUAUUAGAAUUUGAAAACAAAGCUUACAUUCUGCCUGAACAUUUAGUUAAUAUUUUACUAUUGUAACAUUCCUUAAUAAACAUAUCAUAUCUCUAUUAAAAGAAUAGAUAAUCAUGGAUCUACAUAUUAGUGCUUAUUGCAAGACCUCAAAUAAUAAUAAAGAUUGCAUAUUUAGAUUAUUUUAUGCUUGCAUUUAUUUUUUUGUGGAUUGUAUUUUUAUUUAAUCAAAAUUUUUAUGGAGCCUCACUGACUAGUUUAUUGAAUACGAUUUUGAAAACUGCAUUUUUUAAUUUUGUACUUGAGUAGAUGGAUGAUUAAUUAGGAAUUAUUGUUGGAUUAUUUAUAACCUUAUUAUAAUUUUUGGAUGUUUUAUUAAUAUAAGGAACACUAACUGUUAAUACUAUAAAUUUUUAAGUUCCAUACUCUAACUUCUUAAAUAUAAUAGAUUUUAUAUUAAAUAUUCUGCUAAUUUAUUUUUAGUUAUUUAAUUUUCAUUAAAUAUUGUUAUAAAUAUUAGCUUUAAUUAAAUCAUGUUUAUAGUUAACCUUUAUUAUCUUACAUAACAAUUAUAGAAAUAGCACAAUUAGAAAAAUGGUAGCUUUUUCUCAUUUGGCUACAAUUGCAUUUGGAAUAAUAGAUUUUGUUAAUUAUUAACAUUCAUAUACGUUAGUUAUAUUACCUUUAUUGCUUAAAAUUAUACUUUAGUCAUAAUUCUCUAAUCAUAAAGUUGAUGAACCUAUUCUAGAAGCUUCAAUAUUAUUAGAAUAAGGAUAGGCUUUUAAAUGUUUUACAAUUUUAAACAACUAAAAGAAUCUAGGAAUAAUGAAAUAAGCAAAAUGUAAUCAAUAAAUGAAAUUGUGUAUUGAUUAAAUAAUUAUAAAAAUAUAAAAGCCACACUAAACUUUAAAAGGAGUUUGUUAAUAAUUAAUGAAAAACGAUGAAAGAAAUGUUUAUCUGUCUAAUUAAUUAAAUAGUUUGAUUGAAAACAAAUUAUCUUUACUUUAAAAUUUUAAAAAUAUUAAUUUUAAAUAAUUGCUGAAUUAUACUAAUAAAAUUAAUUCAAUAAAUAGGUAAUUAAAAUAAUACCGAAGUUAAUAAAAUAGUAUGAUGAUCUAAUCAUUAUAAGUUUUCUUUUAUUCAGAAAUAGUAAAUGAUUUACUUAAAGCAUAAUAAAUUUAAGGUAGCUUUACGACAUCUUAAGAGACUUAAGUUAAAUUUAAUGAUUCAAUGUUAUCUAAGUUAAUUUAUUUAGUUGCUAAUUAUUAAAAUAAUAAAUUGAUAAUUAAAUCUAUAUCGAGCAAUGCUCCAAAAACAUUUUGUAAUAAAAGCCUUGAUGAUCUCAUUCCUUAAGGAGUUAGAGAAUGGCACUCUUUAUUAGUAGAUUAAUUUGUUACUAAUGGUUAAUCAAAGUAUGUUAGAAAUUUAAAUAACAAUUACAUUACUAAUGAAAAUUUUAUUGAAAAUGUUUAAUUUGCCAUUGAUCUCAUAUAUAUAGAUGAAGUUAACUUUGUUUGCUUAUUCUAACCCACACUUUUAUAAACAAAAACAGUCAUUAUUAAUUAAAACUAUUAAAUUACUUCAAUGAGUUCAGAUUUCAGUGAUUUUAUCAAUUUAAGUAAAUAUUUUCAAAUAGGACAAUAACUUGAUAAAUUUAUACCAGCUGUUACUCAAAUUACAGAAAGUUGUUAUCUAGAAAAUAUGAUAGUAAUAUAAUCUGAUCAUAUUUUAAGUACUAAUAAUUUUUCUGAUAAAAAACGUGAAAUGAAUUAUUAUUGUGAUGUCAAUAUUACUGUUAAAUUAAAUAAAGGUAAAAUGAUAUAUAUGAUCAUCUAAUUUGAUAAUUUUAAGAAAUAAUUAAUAAAAAAAAAUGAUGACCUAACAUAAGAUUAAUUGCCUACAUUUGAAAUUAUUCCAAAUGAAAUAGACAAUAAUAUGAUUAUUGAUCCGUAUGAAUUUUCUGAAGAUUUUUAUGAUAGGAUAAAUAUGCAGAAUUAUAUGAAUAUUGAUGAAAAAACUGUAGCUUAAUAAUAAAUUAUUACACCUAGAGAUGAAGAAGUAUCACUAGUUCCAUUUUAAAGAGUAGCAAAAAGAUUUAAAUCUUAAUUUUAAAAAUCAUAAUUUUAAGAAGAACAAUAAGCUUAAUUUAUGGAUGUUCAGUCUUAAGUUUCUUCAUUAAAAUAAUUUAGAAAUUCUAAAUUUUAUAGAAAAUAUGAACUUUAUAAUAAGUUUCUUUAAUAUAUUCCAUAUAAUAGAAUGCAUAAAUUCAUUAUUGUGAUUAUGUUUCUGUUAUGCUUCUGUCAGAUUAUUUUCAUAAUUAUUGUAUUUAAACAAUUUAUAUUUAGCAAUUAACAAAUAUGGCCUUAAUAACAUUAGCAGAAGAUGUUAAUUUGUUAGAAAUUAAAAAUUUAAUAUUUUAACCAAUGGAAUUAUUUUUAGUAACCAGAUGGACAUUAUUUAACUAUAAAAAUCAACUAAAUGAAAAAUAAAUUACCUUAGAAGAAUAUAAUAAUAGAACUGAAUUUGCUUUAUCUAAUUUAGAUUUAGGAUACGAUUAAUUAAACAAAAAUAUAUAAUCAGUAUUAUUCAAAAAGGAAUUACAGCCAUUAUUGUAAAUUAAAUAUUUAUAUGCUUAUUAAUACUUAGAUACAUAUAAAAAUGAAUAAUAUAAUAUGACUUUAAGAACAGCUAUUUAAAUUCUACUAAACUUUUAAUAUACACUUAAAAUGAAUUAUAAAAUUGAUAAAACAGUUGCUAUUGAUACUCCUUAAAUAUUUUAUAGUUAUAAGAACUAUAAAGUAUUAAAUGACAUUACUUAAUAACUUAAUCUUGAUAUAAUAUCAGAAACAUUAAUUAGAGCAAAUUUAAUUCAAGUUUAGAUAGAAACCAUAUUAGUUGUUCAUUAAAUAUUACUAAUAUUCUUUUUAAUUUUAAUAUUUUUUUUGCAUUAAAUUAUUGAUAAAAGACUUAUACAGUGUAUCAAUUUGAAAUAAUAUGUUAAUGAAAGAGAAUUAGAAUUAGAAAUAAAAAAAUAUUAAAUAUUUCUAAAUUAACUUAAAUUAGAUAAUUCAUUCAAAUUUUGUUACCGACUAAAUAUGGAAUUAAAAGAAUAAUAAUUUUAAUAAGUUUAAAAUUUUGAAAUUUAAGCAAAAAUUAAAUUUUAAAAAAUUUCAAGUAAUUCUUUUGUUAAAUAUUUAUUGCUUUUAUCAACUGUUUACAUUUUAUUCUCUUUUAAUCAUUUCGUUAUUUACUUUUUAUAAAAAACCUUUAUAUAAAAAUAUCCUCAAACUGCAAUAUAAUUAGAAGCAUUUGCAAAUUUGGGAGUUGAUUUUCCUUGUAUGUUUGCAUAACGUGAAAUUUUGUUAGAAAGGAAAAGAUUGUUUUAUUUAACUUAAGAAGAUUUCGAGAAUGUAUACUAAAGAAUAAUAUUAGCUUUGAAUAACACUGCUAAAUUUGAUUCAACUUAAAAGGAUUUUUCUAAGUAUAAUAUAAUUCUAAUUUAGAAUUUUAGUAACAAAAAAAUUUUAAGAUUACUAUGAAUAAUUAUUAGGAUCAAAUCUUUGUAACUUUAUUCCCAUUAGCUUAUAGGAAAAAAGUAAAUUGAUAUGCCCCUAAAUUUUUAAUUAAAAUAUGUAAUUAGGUAUGAAGGCCGUUUUAGUUUAUGCUGAAAAUUUGAUUGCAAAAGAGAUUGAAAUUAAUAAAUUUACUAAAAGGCUAACUAUUGUAUAUAAUGAAUUAGAUGGUGUUUUUAUUUUAUCACAAAUCAUUAAAAAUGUUAAUGAUUAAUUUGUUUAAGAUUUAUAAGAACUGACCAAUCAAUUAGCCUAAAUUUUGAAUGUAAAAUAUUCGUUAAUUUAUUAGAUAAUAAAUAUUUGUUAUAUUGUAUUGAUCAUUUUAAUUAUUUUGAUAUGGACCCCAAAAUUGGCUGUGGUUUUUAUUAAUAAUUCUAAAUAAAUUGUUCAAUUUGUGCAAAUAUUACCUACUUAUUCUAUCUACACAAAUGAUUUGUUUGAAAGAAUUUUAAGAAGCUUUUUAAAUCAGAAUUGA